AUGGGCCAGCUCAUUAGCCAGUCGGCAGGAUUGCCACAUUCGGCUGCCAUUCAACAGCAAGCUGCUCAGUCCGAAGCAGACGACCAGCCCGGAGGGGCGAACACUUCGACCAGCGUGAGUCCACUGCUCUAAUCGACACUCAGCGAUUUUGUGCGCAAGGCGGCGCACCGUGCGCAAGGCAGCUGAGCGCCUCGGCAAAUGCUCGGGCAAAGACACCCGACAAGGUGUCCUUGCUCUCAAUCCGAGCCACGCUUCUGAUCAGCUACAGUGGAUAUCAUCUUUUGGCCUUACAGACUGCAGCGCUAUCCUACUUGCUUCCUCCACCUCGAGCUGUGAGUGAAGCAGUUUCAGAAUCGUCACUGGUGCUGAUGCUAGAUGAAACCUUCGGGCGGCUAAUGCCUCCCAUUUGGGUUCUUCCUUAACAGUCUUCAAUUCGUAUUACAGCUGUAGGUACACCAGCAGCCAUGCCGCAGCCACCAUCAGCAGCCAACCAACUGGCUUACAAAACGGCCAAACCACUUUGUUGCUACUCCAUCAGCGGGACUUUCAAUUACUAGAAGACAUCCUUUGAAAGGUCAUUGAAACCAUUAACUUUUGAGAGCAGAUGUGCAAGAUCAUGCCCGUGGUUUUGUGCAGCAGGUGACAGACAUUUCUUGACUCAGAUGGGGCUGAACUCUUGAUAUGUACCACUUUCAAUCAAAGCAGAAUAGUAACGCGGCCUUCUGGCAACUGGAGAAGGUGAGCUCACGCUUUUUGCGCCAUUCAUCAUGUCUGGAGAUGCUGCACAUAUCAUCGCUCGUAGAGCGUCCUUUAUCUACACUGACUCCACUCUGCUACGAUCAUGGCAGGAUACCAAAGCUUUGCCAAAGGUUUACCUUGAGCAAUUUGUUCUCAAACCUGGCAGCACCGACGGCAACAGCCUCUACGCUCGAUCGAAGCGCUCAAGACUUCCCAAAACCGCCAUCAACUCCGCUCACGGACGAGAGCUUGUGAGUUCCGCUUCUUUCUCUUGCCAAGAGUGAUUGCGGAGCUUUCUUCUGAAAUCGCUAUGUUUGUAUCGGGUCGGAAUGCUCAGCGAGGUCUUCAAGAACUCGAAGCAGGAAACUUGACGGACUUGGAGCAGCUUCUCUCGCAUAAGAAGAUGCAGAAUGCUUGUGAAGCCUUGGCAAAGUCCCUUGCGGAGCUGGAGCUGGAUACUCGAUCGCGCAGGCAAGCCCAAAAGGAUCUGGCAUCGUUGCAAGACAAGCUAGGCUAUCUCAGGGCUCAGGCGUACAUUAGGAUCAGUACAGCCUCGGACUGGGUGCUGUUGCACCGUCAGCGCGUUGAAGCAACCUCGCAAGGUCCAGAAGCAGCGCCGACAGAGACUGCGCUACGGGACCUCAAUGGCCGUCUCGCGAAAUAUGUGGUGAACCAUGAUGUAGGAUUGAGCUCCGACUCAUGGCUCGACAUCGGUACACCAACGAUUUGA